AAAAGUUGUGUUUACGAAUUCGCGAAUGGCGGCGGGCGUGAAUUUUAAAGGUUUUUUGUAAAAAUUGCAAUGUAAAAGUGUCAUAACGUGAAAAUUGUGUGUUUUUUUCAGUUAAUUUGUGUUUAUUAAUACUAUGGGCAAUUGUUUCGGGUUUCGUAGGCGUGGUUUGCGUCGGCACAUCGUUCUAAUACUCAUCGGUUUAGACAACGCGGGCAAAACGAAAACUAUUAAUAAUUUAGCCGGAGAAAAGGACGAUAAAGUUUUACCUACAGUUGGUUUUAAGGCGGUUAAUCUGAUACAUAAAGACACACCUGUGACGAUAUACGACUUGGGUGGCGGGCCACACUUUCGUCAAAUCUGGCCCCAGUAUUACAGCGAGGUACACGGAGUGAUUUUUGUCAUCGAUUCAAGUGAUUUCACAAGGCUGGACGAAUGCAAAGCUGUAUUGGAAGAGGUGUUAUCGCAUGACAAAAUAUCUGGUAAACCAGUUCUGGUGCUGGCGAACAAGCAAGACAAAGCUGGCGCCUUGGAUGACAUCGAUGUGGUGGAGAAACUCAAUGUAGAACCACUGGUUAACAGGUACAGAUGCCCGACCCUUGUGGAGUCAUACAGCGCCCGUCCCGAUUCGACCACGAAAAAACCCAAAAUAGACCCCGGCUUGCGCAAAGGCUACCACUGGCUGUUGAACUACAUCGUGAAGCGCUAUGGUGAUAUAAACUUGCGCGUACAAACAGACAUACACGCGGAACUUGAGAGGCGCAAGCGCAUGUUGAACCGCGCUUCCAACAGGGCUUCGCAGACUUUCACAGCCAACAGCGACGACAUAGCAACCCAGACCGGUUUCGAAAACCCCAAUUACGACAUGAAUAAGUCCACAAAGUCCUGCGAAAAUGAGACCAAAAAUCUAGACAGGGGCCUGAUACACGUUAAGCCGAUCAAGAAACCCAAUAGUCUAGACUCCACGAUAACGGUAGAAAGUGUGGACGAUUCCGAUCGAACCAGUGAUGCCAAACCAAAACUGUCGCCCUUAUUCGGUAGGGUAAGUGAUACUACAAAUGAGACGGUAAGGAUAGAGUUGGAGCCGAGGAACGAGUAUAGAAAGCUAUCUCCGAUCGUCAGAAAGAAGAGUGCUCCGAAUCAUAUAGAUUUCAAAAACCGGCCGCAGUCUAGUCCAACAUUUGUGAGGAAUAAGCUCUCGCAUUCCAAGAACACAUCAAUCGAAGAGGAGCCGAAGGACGCAACAUACGUCGGCGACGGGACUCGAACCUUGGACCCCGCGGUCGACUUCAAGCACCGCGUGCUUGUCAGCGAUGCAGAGCUGGCUUUGAUGCAUCGAGAAAUAGUGUUGACUGAACGAGCAGAGCACACGAGCAAAGCAACAUCGUCAGACAUAGUACCCGGCGCGACCACUCUACCGCUCAGCGUCCGCCCCGCAUCGGCCUCCCAGCUGCUGCGAAGACAGCUCGAGAUCUGUCCCGCCCACCACAAGCGGCGGCUGAGUCUACGCUAUAUGCAACGCAACAAAACAAGUCCGGAACGCAACACUAUGCUCAUGUACGAGCCGAAAGCGCAGAGACAUCUCGAUAAGGGUGACUUUGAACAAUCCACCGCGAUUAAUUGAAAUUUUUAUCUGUUCUUAUCGUAAAUGUUGUUAUUGUGAUUGAUUCCCGGUUUCUGAAACGCUAAUCAUUGAUCAUAUUAGCGAAUGUUUCUAUUAAUCAUAGUCAUUGUAUUAUAUUUCUAUUUCUGUUAUUUUUUUCUGUCGUUUAUUAAAAGUGCAUUCAUUGAUUCAUGUGUCUGAGUAAAGGAUACAGAGGAAUUAAGAGCUAAGCGACGUUCUUCAAAUAAGAGCUGUUAAUCGUUUAUGGCUUCAUAAUUAGGAUACUAAAAAGGCGAUUCAAAGAGAUUUUUUUGUUCUUUUUUAAUUUCUUAUGUAAAAGAGAGAUGUGAGGUCUAUAAUUAUUUUACUAUUUUGAUCAAAAUUAACUUUGUUUUUUGUGACCAUCUUUUUUUUUUGAACGUUAGUUUGAUCAGCGUUUCUAGAGUAGGUUAUCUUGAUUUAUAUCUGAAAAAAUGUGCUUUAGUAAAUAAGAUACGUUGUAUUUUAAGUUUCUGCAGUAACAUUCAGAUGUAGCAAGCAGUUCAAGUGCUUAUUUGAAUUUUGUUUUGAUCAGACUUUCGGAAAUCGGGGAUGUUGAUUUAUUUUUAUAGAAAUGAAAUUGUUGAAAAUUACACACGUUGUAUUCAUAAUUUUUAGGUAGAUACAUAAUAUAGUAAAAGUCAUAUGUUUAUAUAGAUAAGGACCGAAGUUUGUUAUACGUGAACAUUAUUGAGAUGUUAUGAUGCUACAGAGGGUAAGUUUUCAAGUUACACCUACUUCUUAUUAAUUUGUCCUUCCGUCCUUUUAGUCAACUUGGCUAGGGUCAAAUGUAUUAUAACAUCUCAAUGAUUUGCAUAAAUGAAAUUUGCACUGUCGCGUAUCUAAACACUGUAACCUCAUAGUAAAAUGGGCUUAGUCAACCUUGUUUUAUAGUUUAUAUUCAUCAACACUUCUAUUGCUGGUCUUUAGGCGAGGACGUUUGUUAGACAAAUAUCAGCAGUACAGGAGAUAGAACUAUUACAAAAGAUGUGCUACAGAAAUCCGUAUGUUUAAAAGUAGGCCAAUUUUACUUUAAUGGUCGAGACUAAAAGCGAAUAUGAUUAUUAUUUGCGUGCAAAUUUCAUAUAUUGGUAUAUAAGGGUACUGGACUCUACACUAGUGGUUCCUAGUAUUCCUAUAUUAUAAUAAUACUUAUGUACACGCUUUGGAAGUUAUACUUCUUCGGCGUAACAAGA